AUGUUCUGGAAGCGAAAGAAACAAGCUGGAAAUGAGCAUACCGGUUGGGAUGCUCUUCUCAGCGCUCAACAACAAACUGAUAGAUACUGCAGUGACGAUUGUGUCUCCUCCAAGCAACCCAACUGUUCUUCCGGACGAAAUCAUCCUCGAAAUCUUUCAGCCUCUCCGAAGCGAGGCGCUUUCUCAUCAAACUCUCGCAAGUCUGCCGAUAUUUCCUAUGCAUCACCGAAUUUUGGCUCUACAAUUCGAUUCAAAUCGACCUCGAGCGUCAUCCACCCAUCCCCCGCCGAGCUCUUCUGCGUCUUGCUUCAUCUCUACCUUGCCAACUGGCUUCUGUGCCCACAACGUAUCAUCGCCAAUAACCUGAUGGAGCAAGACGGGGACACAACGUGCCGCUGUGAUGAGAUUGACGAUGCAUUCGGAAGCGCACUCACUGCGCUUGAUCAGUUGGAAUCCUUGAGACUAUACUGCAACUUGUGCUACGACCCACGCACGAGUAAUCGGCAUCGGUCCCUCGCACGCCUCGGCUCUCGACAAUUGAAAGAGUUUGUCUUCCGUUGCAAUUGCGUCAUCUUGUGCAAAUGGAACUCGUCGGAAAUAGUCACCCAGGAUGCAAUCAACGGGGUCGAGGCUUUCAGUCUCGAAUGGACGCUGAGGGUCAAGGUACCCUUCCACCCGCGGAUCCUCCAGCAAAAUAGCAAAAUACUCAAAAAUAUCACAACCCUCAAUUAUAAUCGUGCACCGCAUUGCAAAGCACUGGUAGAAACGCGUAGCAUCACCCGUCUCGUUGUAUCCGUCGCAGGUGCACUCGCAUACAGGCCUGAGUUUGACGGUCUUCACGAUAUAUUAUCAACUUCUGGAAGGCAUCUGACCCAUUUCUACAUGGGAGAUGUUGGAAACUGGUUGCAGCGAUCGUUGUCGCUUGAUAUAAGCCCCUACCGGACCUUAGAAGUCCUCGGGGUUCUCCUCGUACCCGUAUGGCAGGCGGAUGCAAUACUUCACGCGGUUGAGGUUCUCUCGCCACUCAAGUUACUCCGGACACUAGAGUUUUUUGGGCAAACCGAACGAUCACCCCUUCCAGGAGAUGUGCUGCAGACUUUGACUGAACGUCAUCCCCAGCUGCAGAAAGUCUAUCUUCAGUUCUCAGUAUGGCGUCCGCAGUCCGCUGCAGUGGAGGUCGUUUGGGAACGAGAGGAGUCGGAUUGGACAUUUCGGGAUAUUGAAACGAUACAUUGGUGGGACAUUGUACGAAAAGUUGGCCACUGA